AUAAACGAGGCAUCGACGAGCCUCGAGAAAGUUCCUUCGUACCUUUACAACGGCCUUCUCGCACGUUUAUUCCCCCGAUGGAAUUCACUUAACACGUUUGAAAUGAGGUACACGUCACCGACGCCUUUCGACGUCUCUAGACGACCGUUUCGAAUCGCUCGUUCUUACGACUAAAGCAAAAGGGAUAUAUCGUUAGAGCGUUUACUUACGGGCGACGACGGUUGUUGUUUCUGAAGACUUUCGCAAUCUAUCGGUUGGACUCGGGAACUUCCGUACGAAUGGCUCACAGUUCUCAAACUUAUGGGUCCACAGACCAGCGGACAGAUGUACCUGAUGUAGGAUUUAGUCCUACUGAACUUUAUAAUCUCAGUGAAAAUAUAACCACUAAUAUAUAUACUAUUAAUACAAACUGGAGAACGCUUGAACGUGCAUAUAAGAACAUUGGGACAAAUAAAGAUAGUGCAGGACUCAGGGAUAAAGUACACGAAACACAAGACAGCACAAAUCAAGUUGUAACUCAAACAAGCAAAGAUAUUGCAAGACUUACUGUAUUGAUGAGGCGAGGAGACAAACAACAGAAAUUGCAAAUUGAAAAGUUAACAACCGAUUUUAAAGAUGCAUUACAACGGUAUUCUACUAUGCAAAGGUCAAUUGCUGAAAAAGUGAAGAGACAUAUUUUGACUACAAGUAAUUUAGAAAAUGCUUCUGAAGGAGAUGAUGAAGGAGAAAGACAAAGUUUGCUUCAAAUUCAAGAUGACGAGCGCAGAGCAACACAAAGAACACUUGAGUUUCAACAAGGUUUACUGCUCGAGAGAGAAGACAGGAUAAAGAACAUUGAGGAAAAAAUAUUGGAUGUAAAUCAAAUUAUGCGGGAACUAGCAGCAUUGACAUAUCAACAAGGAGAGACUAUCAACACUGUUGAUAACCAUGUAGAGAAUGUAUAUGGUAAUGUUGAAUUGGGAGCACAAGAAUUAGUUAAGGGAAGUAAUUACCAAAGCAAGUUUCGUCGAAAAGUUUAUCUUUUGUUGUUACUUGCAAUAAUAGUCGUCAUUGUAUUAAUUAUUAUUCUAGUCACUAAAUUAAGUUAGCGCUUCUAACUAAUAUAGGUGACAAGAGUGUAUCAAAAAGGGCUGUCUCAAUCUAUUAUAUACAAUUUUUAGAAAUGCUGCUAUAUUAAAGUUGCUAUUAUAAUUUUGGUAUUUUAUAUACUUGAAUUUGAACUGGAAAGAGAAUAGAGACUUGUUUUGUAUAUGCUCGUAAAGGAAUUAAUGUAUAUUUUGAAUAUAUGAGAGAAACUUUGUUUAUUCUUAAAUUCAUAAAAUAUUUGUUAAUACUACACAUAAAAGCACAUAAAUUCUAUUAUACCGUUGUGCUCUCAAUGUAUCUUUAUUUUCAAUUAUAUUAAGAGUAAUAUAGUUCAUUAUUAAAAUUAAAAUUGCUACCCCAGCAGUAUAAAUAGUUAGAGAGCACUUAUACAAACAAUUUUAUCCAGAAGCUUCUAAAAAUUGACACAGUAACUUCGAAAAACAUAUUGUAUUUUAAAGCCUAUAUAAUAAUCGUGUAUGUCAUUUUUAUAGUACACAUUCGUUCGUGCUUUGCCUGGUCUUUAUUUUAUUAUCUUUAUAUUUUUUACUAAUCUUGAAUAUAAAGAUAAGCGUUGUGUGGCAUUUCUGCUGCUGAAAGUAUUCAAUAUGCAUAAAGUUUAUAAAAAAAUGUUAGCAUUGUUUUGUGACUUGAGAUUUUAUAACAAUUUGUAUCCUUUGUUAAGGCAAUGGAUUAAAAUUUGCUGAUAUUGCUCUGAA